UCUCCCCCUCGCCGUCUCUCCACCCACCAAGAACCCUCCGCCUCCCCGCCGCCGCCGCCGUCUCCUCCAAAUCCUCCUCCUCCGCCGCCGCCGCCGCCGCCGCCACCAUCUCCCUCCCUCCCAAACCCCCAAGACCACCGUAGUCCAUUCCUCCCCCCCCCUCCUCCCCCUCCUCCUACCCAACUCCCCUCCCACGCCGAAUUCGAGGAGAAGAUGCUCUUCCUCGACUCCUUCGGCAUCGACUUCUUCUCCCUCGUCGGCCGCCACCCCGCCGUCGCCGCCGCCCCCCUCCCCGACCUCAAGUCCACCGUCCACUUCCUCUCCUCCAUGGGCUUCACCGCCGUCGACCUCCGCCGCAUCGUGGGCAUGUGCCCCGAGGUCCUCACCUCCCGGGUCUCCGACGUCCUCCCCGUCCUCACCUUCCUCCUCCGCGAGGCGAAGGUGAACGGCUCCGACCUCCGGAGGGUCGUCAACCGGCGGCCCCGGCUGCUCGUCUGCAGCGUCAAGCACCGGCUCCGUCCCACCCUCUAUUUCCUCCAGAGCAUUGGCAUCGCCGAGGUAAACAAGUAUACUUCUCUCCUCUCCUGUAGCGUCGAGGAUAAGUUUGUCCCUCGGAUCGAGUACUUCAAGAAUGUCGGGUUCUCGCAUCGGGACGCGAUCGUGAUGUUCAGGCGGUUCCCGCAGUUGUUCUGUUACAGUAUAAAGGAGAAUUUGGAGCCUAAGUUCAAUUACUUCGUGGUGGAGAUGGGCAGGGACUUGAAGGAGUUGAAGGAGUUCCCGCAUUAUUUCUCGUUUAGCUUAGAGAAUAGGAUCAAACCUAGGCACCAAUGCUGUGUCGAGAAGGGGGUUUGUUUCCCUCUCCCAGUAUUGUUAAAGACCAGCGAAGAACAGUUUCAAAAAAGACUGGACAUUUGUUGUAACUCAUCGUUGCCCCUGUCCUCAUCUCCCUUGUGGUGUACAAAUUGUGAAGCUUAAUUGAAUAUAUAGAGGAUGUUGCGAUUCUUGCAGCUGAAAAUUCUUUCAAAA